UAAAUCUUGAAAUUCUGCACGUGCUGGCGCCGCUCAAAAAGUGUGUUAUUUAGUUAACGUUUUUAAAUUUGUGGACAUUACCAACCGAUUUUACUGUUCGACUGCAAGAGCAUGAAAGACACCGAUGUGAAAGAGACAACCAAGGAGGAGGAGCCCGUCGAUUCCAGCUCCGACGAGGAUGAGUACGAUGACAUCGACGAUGACGAACCACUGGACGAGGGCGAGGAACCUACCACCUGUCUGUUCUGCCCCGAGACCAGUCCGAAUAUAUCGACUGCCAUUGACCAUCUGGACGUCCGGCACAAGGUGAAUCUGUUGCAGCUUCAGAGGAAAUUCCUAAUGGAUCAGUAUUCCUUCAUCAAGCUGAUUAACUACAUAAGAGCCAACAAGAUUACGGCCGAGCAAUUGCUCUCCGCUGACCAGACGCUGUGGCAGGACGAGAAGUACCUUAAGCCUGGGGAGUAUGAGCCCUGGCUGUGCUACGACUAUGAAGAGCUCAAGACAGAGGCCACUCCGGCCCAGGCCACGGUGCCGGAGCUGCAGCAGCGCAUUGCAGAGCAAUCCCAGUUGCUGCAGCAGGCCAACGAGGACAUGGAACGCAUGCGCAAGGACUACAAGGAGCUGCUGCAGAAGGUGCAUGGUGAGGGGGAACCCAAGGCUGCCAGCAAUCCUGUACCCCGAAACAAUGCCAGCCUGGACAAUGAGUACUUCAAAAGCUACUCCCACUUUGGCAUCCAUCACGAAAUGCUGAGCGACAAAGUGCGUACCAGCACCUAUCGCGAGUCCCUUCUCCAAAAUGAGGCAGUGGUCCGAGGCAAGACUGUUCUUGAUGUGGGCUGUGGCACGGGAAUUCUGUCCAUCUUUGCCUCCAAGGCGGGUGCUGCCCGCGUCGUCGGCAUAGACAACUCGGACAUCGUGUACACAGCCAUGGACAUCAUUAGGAAAAACAAGGUGGAAAAUGUGGAGCUGAUCAAGGGACGCCUGGAGGACACCGAUCUGCCAGAGGCCAAGUACGAUAUCAUUAUUUCCGAGUGGAUGGGCUACUUUCUGCUGUACGAGUCCAUGCUGGACAGCAUCAUUUAUGCCCGCGAUCAUCAUCUUAAUCCCAAUGGCAUAAUCCUUCCCAGUCGCUGCACACUCAGCCUGGUGGGUUAUGGAAACGACACCCUCUAUGCGGAGCAGGUGGAGUUUUGGUCUGAUGUGUACGGUGUUAAUAUGAGUGAUCUGCGGAAGCGUUCCAUAGAGGAGCCGCUCAUGGAGGUGGUGGACGCAGAGUUUAUGCUGACGGAUCCCGAACAGAUAGCCAACUUCGACAUAAUGACUGUCGAUCUUAACUAUCCCAACUUCAGCCAUCAGUUCAGCUUGAAGGUCACGAAACCGGGUCGCUUGUCUGCCUUUGUGGGCUAUUUCGAUACGCUUUUCGAGCUGCCCUCUGCCGUCAUGUUCAGCACAUCACCAAGUGCGACGCCCACCCAUUGGAAGCAGACGGUUUUCUUCAUUGACCAGCCGCAAACAGUAAAGGAGGGGGACAUCAUCAGCGGGAAGAUCACAUCGAGGAGGCAUAAAGAAGAUGUCAGGGCGCUCAGUGUAGAUAUAGAAGUCUUUGGCAAGAAACAUAAAUAUAUGGUGGUGUAAUGUGGUGAAUAAUGCGACUAUUAUUUAAUAUUUUACUAUCGACACCAUUAAGAUUUAAGAUGUUGAACGCCUUCCAAUAAAAAUAAAAUUAAGACUGGG